AUGUUACGCCGUUUGUGCCCUUGCAUCCGCCGGCGUGCCGCUGACCGCGAGGAGCGGAAGAAGCUGAAGAAGAACAAGAAGGCGCAGCCGCCCACGACACUGGACAGUGGCAACAAGGCUGCCAACAAUGAACCACCGCAUCCCACCAUCUUGGAUGUUUGCGAUGCCACAUCCACUAGUGAGCCGCUGCCUCCCAGCAACGCUGGCAGUGGCGACACUAAUAGUUCUGUUUUGCUCAGUAACGAUAUUACUACUGCUGAACUGCAGCCCCCCACGACAAUGGGCAGUGGCAACAAGGCUGCCAACGAUGAACAACCGCAUCCCACUAUCUUGGAUGUUCACGAUGCCACAUCCACUAGUGAGCCGCUGCCUCCCAGAAACCCAGGCAGUUGCGACUCUAAUACCGCUGAGUCGCUGCCCCCCACCACCUUGGGCUGCGGCGAACAGUCUGCCGAUGUUAAGCCACCAUGUCCCCCCAUCUUGGAUGGUGGCUACUGCACAUCCACUAAUGAUCUCAUGCUACCCACCGCCUUGGGCACUGGCAAUUCUAUUCCUGCUGAGUCACUGCCCCCCACCACCUCGGGCUACUUCAACACAUGUGGCAGUGAUGAAGUACUGAAUCCCACCAUCUUCCAAGAUGGUGUCACCACCACUGAAUUAUCUUUAUUGCCUCAUGUAGCUGAUAUUGCACCAUCAGCCCUCCAAGGUGCACUUCUCACUGGCCCUCCCCCAAAGGAGGCUUUCCCUAAGAUUUCCAAAAAAAGAAGUCCAUCUGAUCAGCUGAUGUUACGCCGUUUGUGCCCUUGCAUCCGCCGGCGUGCCGCUGACCGUGACGAACGGAAGAAGCUGAAGAAGAACAAGAAGGCGCAGAUGUUUCGCCGUUUGUGCCCUUGCAUCCGCCGGCGUGCCGCUGACCGCGAGGAGCGGAAGAAGCUGAAGAAGAACAAGAAGGCGCAGGCUUAUGAUGUCUCUGACACCAUCACCUCAGGCGGCGAGACCACAACUACUGAUGAGCUGCUGCCCACCACCAACUUGGGCAGUGGCGAUGUUAAUGCUGCUGAUGACUCUCUGGCCCCCACCACCUCGCCUAGUGGAGGUAGUAAUGCUGCUGAGUUGCAACCCCCCACCUCCUUUUGCAAUGGAGACAACACUGCCGCCGAUGAACCGUCUCACCCCACUGUCUUCGAAGGCAGUGACACCACAUCCACAAAUGAACUGCUGAUCCCCACUGUCUUGCACAGUGAAGAUAUUAUUACUGCUGAACUGCAGCCCCCCACGACACUUGGCAGUGGCAACAAGGCUGCCAACGAUGAACCACCGCAUCCCACCAUCUUGGAUUCUCUCGAUGUCACAUCCACUAGUGAGCUGCUGCCUCCCAGCAACCCUGGCAGUUGCGACACUAAUAUUGAUGUCUUGCACAGUGACGAUAUUAUUACUGCUGAACUGCAGCCCCCCACGGCACUGGGCAGUGGCAACAAGGCUGCCAACGAUGAACCAAAGCAUCCCACCAUCUUGGAUGCUCUCGAUGCCACAUCCACUCCUGACCUGAUUCUGCCUACCGCCUUGGGCACUGGCAAUACUAUUCCUGCUGAGUCACUGCCACCUACCACCUUGGGCAAGUUCAACAACGCUGCCAAUAAUGAAGUAUUGAAUCUCACCAUCUUCCAGGAUGGUGUCACCACCGCUGAAUUAUCUUCAUUGCUCCAUGCAGCUGAUGUUGCACCAUCAGCCCUACAGGGUGCGAUUCUCACUGGCCCUCCCCCAAAGCAGGCGUUCCCUAAGAUUUCCAAAAAGAAAAGUCCAUCUGGUCAGCUGGUGUAUCUUCAAGGCCCUCCACCUUUUCCCGCUUUUGCAAAUAAAAUGUAA